AAAAUAAAAAAUAAAAAAUUAAUUUCGUCUCAAUUGAUCUUUCCUAUAUAUAGUUGGGUAUUUCCAGAAAAGUAUUUUCGAGAUAUCAGAAGAAUAACAAGGAAACUGAGGAAGAAGAAAAGGGAAAAGAAAAUGGUUAUUUUUUUCCUUUGACCUUUUCAGUUUUCCUUUUAUCUUCUCUCCUUUUUUCCAAAAAAAUAAUGGAAUCAGACGGUGGUGGCGGUGGUGGAGUAGUUCCUAUACCUUCCCACACCGGUUUAUCUCCGCCGCAUGACGAUGAUCAUCCUGAUUUUUCACCGGUUGGAUCGCCGGAGUCUCAGCCGUCUGAUCAACUCUCCGCUACUCUACUCACCGAUGAUCUUCGUAACAACAUCGUCAAGCAGGUUGAGUAUUACUUCAGCGAUGAAAAUUUACCUACAGACAAGUUUCUGUUGAAAUAUGUGACUAGAGACAAGGAAGGGUUUGUCCCUGUGAAAGUACUUGCUUCUUUUAGAAAAGUCAAGAAGCUUACGAAGGAGACAUCAGUAAUAGCAGCUGCACUUAGGGAAUCUUCUCUUCUUGUUGUAAGUCCUGACGGGAGAAAGGUGAAGCGACUUCAUCCUCUUCCAUUAAGUGAGAUCAAAGAUCCCAAGGUUUGUACCGUAUUGGUGGAAAAUUUACCUGAGGAUCAUUCUGUGGAUAACCUUCGGUGCAUAUUUGGCCAGGCUGGAAAUGUAAAGCAUAUUACCAUCCGUGAUCCACACACUGAAAGAGAUCCCAGAAAAUGCACAACUGCAGAGAAACUGCUCAGUGGUAAGUUGCAUGCUGUCGUGGAAUAUUACUCAGUGGAAGCUGCUGAAAAAGCUGUGUCCAUUUUGAAUGAUGAACAGGAUUGGAGAUUUGGCUUGCGAGUCAAGCUUCUCAAGAAAACAAACAAGCCUGGCCAAAGUAAGAAAUGCUGGAGAGAUCAAGAUUCUGAUAGGAAUAACAAUAUUCAAGCAUCUGAUCUGGCAGGUAAUGAGGAAAACCAUUCAAGUGAGCAUCCUGUUGAUUCACAAGACGAAGAGGAGGGAGACCAUCCAUCAAAGGAGACCACUGGAGAGCAUGCACAAAAGGAGAAAAAUGGACCCAGGGUGCCAGCCAGAAGUCGAGGUCGUGGAAGGAGAAACAAGCGUGGCACAAAUGGACAUGGGCAUGGAACUACUACUUCCACACAUGGGGUUGAACCGUCAAAACCUCCUCCUGGUCCAAAAAUGCCUGAUGGAACCAGAGGAUUUGCCGUGGGACGAGGCCGACCUCUUUCUUCAUCUCCAAGCUAAUGAUGUUUUGUUAAAUGUGUCUUAUUGCAAAUAUAUGCUGUUUGAGGAUUGAGUUGCUGUGUAGUAAGUGUGAAGAAUGCUUGGAUUAGAAUAUCAAUGGUCAGUGCUUCAAAUUUGGAAAUGUAUUCCCGCGUUACAGAAUUUUGAGGGUUCCUGGGGAUGGAGGUAUACAUAACGCUGUAUUUUCUCUAUGUACCAUUAUGUUAUUAAAGGUUAUUUUUGUGCCA